CAAGCAAACUUCUGUCCCAUUCUCAUUGUAUUCAUUGUAUAUCAAUUCUUCCCAGUUGAUUCUACCGCAUGAAUUAUGGCCCCUACGUUGUGAGGGUUGCGUUGGUUUUCAUAUGAAACCCUCCUUCCGAGUUUUCUAAUGGAUUUCUCCUCCAAAACAUGCUGAGCUCGUAAGCCAUUGCAGCUUGAGAGGGUAUUGUUUGAGUCUCACGGUGCCGAUCGCACUCCAUCCAUAUGCAAUACGGAAGGGAUGGAGCUACGAAAACCGCCGAUACCGCCGACUGUAUCCGAUGUCGAAGAACGGAAAAGAAGAGCAUUUGCCGACGUCAACGAAUUUAUGGUAACAACACAUGAGCGUUCGCUUUGUAAGAAGACCAAAGCCGAGCGAGAACGCGCAUGGUGUCUAUGGAAUAGAUUUGUCAUAGAAGUGUUACAAUUAACACAAAAAGAGGCUGAUAAGGUUUGGUUUGAUGCAGGCGUCUGUAUAUAGAC